CUUCGAGCGGUUUGGACGCGUAGCGGACGUUAUUCGCGUCGCUGUGUUGUUUCAUUUCAAACAAAUGGCCGCCGACGCGUGUGCACAGUUAAAGAAAAAAUGUUAAAUGUCGUGUUAUAAGUAUAAUUUUGCGUCGCUCAUUGAUCGAAUUGUGCAAACCACUAGUUGCGUUUAGUUUUUAUUACUUGAAAUAGUUUUGCCAUGAAACAGCGGUAAAUACAAAGCCGUUUGCAUACAUGUGCAUGGUUAUAGUGUUUGUAUUAGUGUCCGACAAAGUGCAUGUGCACGGAAAUCAAAGUGCCGCAAACACCAAACAAGUAAAACAGAUGAAAUAAUAUUUCUGAAUAUCUGCGUGUAAAUUGCGAGCACAAAGAGCAGCUAAAUGUGCUAAAAUUAAAGUUUAAAACAAGCAACUAGCAGGUAUCGACACACACACACACACCUCCGUAGAAACACACUCAUGCACACAUUUAUAUGGUGAGAGAAGAAAAAACCCGACGGCGAAUGCAGUGCGUGCAAUUGUGUGUGUGUGAGGGCGACAAAUUCGCCCUGUGUAUGAGAGAGUAAAAGAAAAGAAGAAGCACUUCUGCGUUUUGUGUUUGCUUUUGCAUUUGAUUUUGCGCUUUACAUGUGCUGAGUGCUGUGGGGUUCAAAUUCCAAUUGGAAUUUGCAAGUUGCGCAUGCGUUGCCGCAUUGAAAAAAAUCUCGUAUUGUGUAUUUAUUGUGAAUGUAUGUGUUUGUAAACUAAAUCAUUCAGCAAACUCAACGAAGCAGCUGGCUUAACAUCAACAAGAACAGCAACAAAGCAGAAAUUGAAUUGAAAGGCAACCGACAACAUUUGUUUUGGAGUGGAGCCAACAACAACAACAACAACUACGAAAACAACUGCAGCAACAACCACAUUUUGGUCACUUUUCACACUUUUGGAGUUAAUUGAAAUUCACGAUUAAAUUGUGAUUUUUUUCUUUUUAUCAAGAAAAUAACGAAAACAGUUUUGCAUAAAAAGCAAACGAACGGGAAAUCGGAUUUAAAAUCCCGCCAGGAACUGGAACUGAGUCGAAAACCGAUAAAACAACGUAAAGGUCGAAGCAGCACAGCGGAACGCAUGGCAUGAAACGAACGGAACGCCCAGCCGUGGCAGACAUGCAAAUUUAUGCAUUUUGAAGUCCAGUAACAAACAAAAGCAACAACAACAGCACUAACAACAACGAAACACGAUUUAAAGCAGAUUUUAAGCAAAUUAAUUAAAUUAACAAACACAUGGAAAUCGGAACCAAAAACAAUUAGCGCCACACUAUGGAAGCUGCCACAGCAACGCGAAAUCGAGCAGACGAGAUGGAUGAGAUGGAGAUUGAAGCAGAGGCGGUGACGGUGGCGGUGGCAACGGACAUGGGCGUGGCCACAGAGGAGACGUCAUUUAGCAACCAAGAGACUGAUAAAGCGGCCAUCACAAUGAAGUGCAGCAACGGAAGCACUGACAUAACUAAUACAACAACAACAACAACAGCAACGACAGCAACAACCACAUUGAGAUUGGAGGAUGUGGUUGCAUUUGUCAUGCCAGCAGUGGGCGCCACCAAUCCACGCACCACCAAACCCGCAACGAAAUCAGCGAGCAGCAGCCGCAGCAGCUCGCUAAGAAAACAAAAGCAAAAGCUCAACAUGCUGGAUGUGAUUGGAUGUGGUGCAGGUGGUGGUGGUGCGGGUGGUGCAGACGUGGGUGUGAUCGGUGGUGCCGCCGUCAAUGAUAUGAAAACAUCACAAUCGAUGACCUCGCUGCCAGCGGACGAGCUGCAGCAGGAGCGACGUGAUGUCAUCCAAGCCAAGCUGCAUCUGGAGCGGCCCUACAACAGCCUCAAGAAAAACUCACAGAGCAGCAGCAGCAAGUGCUCCGGCGGCAACAAUAGCAACAAAAUGCACCGUUAUUCGUGGGGCAGCGGCCACAGCCACAGCAGCUCGACCAGUCUGCACAGCAGCGCCACCUUGGGACUCGGCUCGUCGGGCAAAGACGACCUCUGGGCGGCCAUACAAACGAACUAUAACUAUAUUAUGGACACAAACCUGCUCGAUACGUGCAAAGAGGCAAGGUUUGAGAUUGAGGAGGCGCAGCCAACGUCACGCGAGUCUAAAUUUACGGGCAGCCAAUUGCAUAUUUUGGAUGAAACACAGCGGCCGGAGGGCUUGUGCGAGGAUCCCAAGGAAUUGCGUCGCUGGCUGCGCGACAUGGAGAAUAAAUUGGAAAAUGCGCCAACCAUAUCGGAAUUGACGUUGUAUUGUAAUUCGGAGUUGCAGCGCCAUCUAGCAGUACACUCGGUGUUGUACCAUGAAAUUGUAUCACACGCUCGAGUUGUAAGCGCCUGCAUACGUGCCGCCUCCGAAAGGGAACGGGAACAAUCCCAGUCACAGUCACAGUCGCAGUCACAGUUGCAGUUGCAGUCGCAGUCACAGCAGCCCGCUUCCUUAACCAGCAACUGCUCCAGCGAAUCGACCAGCGACUCGGCCACCAAGUCGCACAGUCUCAGCAGCGGCUUCGCCUCUGAUGCAGCACCACUGACCACGCCCAGCGUUGGAGUUGCGACUGGCUCUGGACUUGUCGCAGCUGGCGGCAGCAGCAACAGCAGCAACAGCAACAACAACAACACAGCCCAUCCACGAAAGGGUGAAGGCAAUUUGGAACGAUUGCGCGAUCGCUAUCACCUGAUCUACUUGAAGGCCUUCGAGCUACAGCUGUGCCUGGAUAAUUUACUGCGCAAACGCAGCUCGACCGCGAACGGCUUGGAUGACGACGACGACACCGAAGACGAUUCGUUCGGCUACGAGGGCGAAGACGGCGACGCAGCCACCGAGGACGAUCUGAACGAGGCCGUUUCCGAUUUGGAUUUGGAGUGCGAGAGUGCGCCCAGCCAUAACUCGACGGAGCUCUUGCAGCGCUGUCAGCUAACUGCCACAGAGAUCGUCGUUGCCAGCGUCCAAGCUGAGGAUCAGUCACGCGAUUGUAUCGCAACCCAAAAGCCUGGUGACGAGGCGGACGAGGAAGACGACGACGACGCCGACGCCGACGUUGUUGACUUUGUGAUUGCCAAGCGAGCCUGGCGACCGGGCAAAAGUAACCACCACCACAACCACCUCAGCCACAGCAGCAACUCGGCGGCUGGAGCGGCUACGCUCACCGACUUUGAGGCAGACUCCGAGAGCAGCGAUCUGGAGCAAGUGCAGCAGCUGAGGCGAGGCGGAGGCGCCUGCUGUAGUGGUAUCUCCUUCAAUCAGCGCCUGGCUCAGCUGACGGCGGGUCAUCUGAAUAUCGGCAGCAGCUCGACGCCAAAUUUAUCAAAUUUGUCGCUGCUGCAGACGCGACACGGCAACAAAAUGUUGCCGCCCCAAUGCCACAGCAGCCACAACGGCAAGUCGAAGAGCAUUGCCGUCGCGGUGAUUACGCCGAACACACACCACAGCAAUGGGCAUGUCCAUAAUGGGCAUGGUCACGGCCACGGCCAUGGCCACGACCUGAACAAGUCGCCGACGGUGCUGAGAAAGUCGCUGAUGCAUCGCAGUCAUAAUGACACCUCCAAGUUCAAUCGAUCCAAUCGCAAGUCCAAGAACUGCGCCAUUUUCUACUUCAAGCACUUGGACACGGACAAUGAGACGAGCGGCGCCGGCACCGACCCGGCUGGAGAGGACCAUGAGGUGGAACGUGCCAGCGAAAUACUGAAAUCGGCUGAUGCCUCAUCGGAUGACGACGACGAGGGUUGGCUCUACACGGCAGCAACGGGCGCAGCAGCAACUGUUACUGCUGCAGCAGCAACAUCCACCGUCGAUGGUCUGCAGUCGGCUGCCAUCUCAUCGACAACGUCUGGCGCCGUGGCUGGAGUCAGCGACGACUCUGAUAAGGAGAACAAGGAGUUGCUGUUGACCACGUCGGUAACAGCAACAGUCGCAGCAACAACAGCAGCAGCAAUAACCGCAUCUGUUGUUGCUGUCGGCGGCAGCAGCAGCAACUACGACAGCAGCAGCGCCUGCUCCUCGUCCAAUUCGAACGGUGUCCAUACGGAGACCUCGGCCACCUCACGGGUUACCCAAAUGCAGCGCAGCAUUGUCGACAUGGACAUUCAGUUUCAAAUCAAUGGCAGCGCCAGCGAUGGCAGCAACAGCAACAGCAACAUGAGACACAUCAUUAGCAACAAUUGCUACAAACAAAUGCAGUGCGACAGCGACAACAACAACACCCCUCAGCAACAGCAGCAGCAGCAGCAGCAACUGAAUGCCAACAACAAUAAUCACAAGCAACAACAACAACAACACCAACAACAGUUGCGCUUUGACUCUAAGCAACUGCAACAGCAACUGAAGCUGAAUCUGGAGAACGCUGCCGAGGCAACUGUUGCUGAUAACACAAAUGGAAAUGCAGCACAGCUGCUCUGCCACAACCACAACAACAACAACAACAGCAACAGUUUCUAUAGUCGCGCAGACAUCUGCAACAUCAGCGUUUGGCCCAGCGACAUGACCAAUGGGAACUCGAGUCCAACUGCCCAGCAGAACGGAGGCAGUCGCCUGCCGCCUCGCUCGCCCGCCAAGUCGGCCAAGUCCGGCAAAUCGCAGGCGAGCAGCAGCAAUGCAACUAUGUCGCCCGCUAAGGGCAAGGUCUCGCAUGAUUCAAUCAAGCAGCUUGUGCUCGAAGCGGAGCAUUUGGUGCGCGACGCUCAGGAGUCAUCGUUGAAGACGCCAACGAAGCAGAAACAUUCCAUCAUCAAAAUCUCGUCGACGGUCAAGAAACGCGAACUCCAAAUGCCGGGACCCAUCAAGCAGCGCGUCGAGGAAUGGCUGGAGCAUCAGCCCUCCACACCCCAGCUGCUGAAUCGCAAUCAUCUGGAGGUGCCGAUCAAGCCGGAUGACUGCGAGGCCUCGGGCGAGGCGAGCGAAACGGACUCCAUGCCCCAGACGAAUCUUGUGUGUGGGGCCAACUCGGACUCCUCGGAGGGCUUCACCGACUCCAUUGCCACCUGCAUGCAGACGAGCACCAACUCGUACGGCAAUUCGACGGAGCGCAUUGGCGGCUCGGCCGAGCCCAUCCACCAGCCGGCCACGCCGCUCGGCUUCGGCAGCAGCAAUCAGAGCUUGAAUGUGAAGAUCGUGAAGCGCACGCAGACGCGUCGCAAGUCGGAGCGUCCGUGGAGCGUCUCCUGCCUGUCGCAGCUGACCACCGAUGCCGCCCAGCUGACCGCAGCCAUCACGGACGUCGGCCAGAGCUCGCCUGGCACGGGCCUGGCCAGUCACUCGAUUAGCGAGAGCGCCCUGGACUCGCUGUCGCCAGGUCCGCGUGCACGCACCGCCUCCUCCUCGGGCACGGGCAGCAAUGCGGCCAGGAAGGCGGACAGCAAGGGCUCGCUGCGUCGCCGCAGGGCACGCAAGAAGCGCAUGUCCGCCGCCUCGGCGGGCAAGAAGUCCGACUCGGGCUCGGAGGCACCCGGAGACCUGACCCAAACGCUGAUGAAGUCUUGCGAGUCGAUGUCCUCGCAGCAGCUGCAGGAGUUCACGAAUGCGCUGCUGAGCAUACAGAAGGUCAGUCCCACCAAGGACGAGCCCGCGCCCGAGGCCGACUCGGAGUCGCAGCUGAUGGUGCCCAAAUUCCGCGUCGGCUCCUUCACCACAGCCGCCCUAAGGGCCAGCGAGAUUCGCCUGGGCGCACUCGCCGCCCUCUCCAACUACAUGCACGAGGAUGAGCAGCAAGCAGAGCUGAGCACUGAGGAGCACCACAGCAGCAUCUCGGAGACUGCGUGGGACAACUACCAAGAGAAAUACAACUCGGAGAACUACUCGGAGGGCUUGGACUCGGAUGCAGCGCGUCGUCUGUUGGAAUUCGGGGACGACUAUCGCAAUUUCAUCGACUCGCAGUCGGACUGCUGCAGUUCGCUGUCGGCUGCCAACAACUUGGACUCGUUUUCGCCUCCGCGCAUGGACUCGCUGCAGCAGCACGAGCUGAAGGCGCUGCACAUCAACCAGGAGACAAUCAGCAGCAGCGUCGACCACGCGCGUCGCCAGCGCGCCCUCGAGCUGCAGUACGAGCGACGUCGCAAGACGCUCGAAGUGCGACGCAAGUCCUGUCAGGACAUGGCCGAUGCUAUCGGCUCCCAGCAGGAGCAGCUGCAGCAGCAACGGGACCAGCACCAGGCAACCAAUGCAAAUCUCUCCUCCUCGGCCACGGCGCUGAUGACGCCCAAGAACUCUGCGUCGGCUCAGCUGCCCGCUCGCACCGAUUCGGUGGGUCGCAAACUGGAGUUCGGUGGCUCGAUGAGCCACUCGGCUCAAUCGCUGCUGCGCCGCACCUCGGAGAGCGACACCUCGACCCGACGCCGCCGCACUGUGACGGCGGAUGAGCGCCGACGCUCCUCCCGCAACCUGGAGAAGUGCAUCAAGGUCAUUCCGGCCACGUCCUCGUCCAGCGGCGAUGACUCCGAGGAUGGCGAGCAGGAGAUGCGCUCGCUGCUGCAGCAGAGCAAGGACAGACUUGAGGAUACGCGCGCCCUCAAGAUACGCUGUCAUCUGCUGAGACCAGAGGAUUAUAACGAGAUCAUAAACACUUGCCGUGACAACAUUCGCUGCUUGGAGGCUGUGCUGCGGGGUCCGCCUGGCACAGUGCUAUCGACUCAGUGCGCCGGCCAGACAAAAGAUUUGUUGGCCAACUGGGAGGAUUUGCUUAACUGGAGCGAGAAUGCAGCCAGCGCACGCAAGCUGCAGCAGGAGAUGAGCGCACUGAAGCACACGCUGCGCCGUCUUGGCGAUCCGUCCACGCCGGAGCUGCUCGACACAGAGCCGGCCAUACAGGUGGCCAUUGAGGCCUUGAAGCACGAUCAGACACAGCUGAGCAGCUAUCGCACCAAUAUGCUGCGCCUGAAUGCCUCCGUGCACAGCUGGCUGACUCGCCAGGAGCGGCGUCUGCAGCAGGAGCAGCUGCAACAGGAGUCCGAACAACUUCAACAGAAAGAGAAGAAGCUGCAGUUGCAGCAGCAGCAGCAGCAGCAGCAGCAGCAGCAGGAGGAGCAGCAGCUCGAGCUGGAGCAGGAGGCGGGUGUGGCCAUCACCGUAACGGACAGCAAUGGCAACCAGGUGGUGGAGGCCUCCACUGGCACCUGCGACGUGUCCAGCCUGAUCAGCGCCGAGCAGGAGUUCCACAAGCACCUCAAGGACGAGGUCAGCGACAUGUACAGCGCCUGGGAUGAGGCAGAUGCCAGAAUCAACUCUCAGCUGGAGAUGCUCACGAAUUCACUGAUUGCCUGGCGGCAGCUGGAGUGCGGCUUGAGCGAGUUCCAGCUGGCGCUUGGCCAGGACCGCGGCACACUCAAGGGCCUGGAGGGCGCCCUGGACAAGGGACAGGCGACGCCCGUGGAGCUGGCACAGAAUGUCAAGCUGGUGGCCAAGCUGCUCUCGGAGAAGGUCAACGUCAGCCAGGAGCAGCUGCUCGCCGUGCAGCAGCACCUGGAUCCCAAUCACAUCUAUCACAUUGCCAAGUUCACAGCCUCCAAUGGCUCGCUGUCCGACUCGGGCAUCUCGGACGGCGGCGCCACCUCCGAUGGCGGCCUGUCCGAGCGCGAACGCCGUCUGGGUGUACUGCGUCGCCUGGCCAAGCAGCUGGAGCUGGCCCUAGCGCCAGGCAGCGCCGCAAUGCGUUCCAUUGCUGAGCGCAUGGAGAGCGCCGAGGCGGAGCUGAAGCAGCUGCAGAAUACGUGCAGAGACUUGAUUGUGCGCACAGCUGCCUCGCACCAGCAGAAGCAGCAGGAGAAGCUAAAGGAGCAGAAGGAGCAAAGGGAGCAUGAGGAGCAGAAGCAGCCUCUUGCGAAUGGACAUGCCAAGCAGCUGGCAGUCAAGUCGGCCAAUCAGUCGCCCAAACGUCGCAACGGACGCAAACCUCGUCCAGCUGGCGAGAAGCAGGAAAAGCAGCCGCUGCGCAAGGACCAGGAGCUACAGGUUGUGGAGCAACUGCAGCGCAUUGUCGCCGCAGGCGGCGGUGGGGAUGAGCCGCCCGAGGACCCAGCCACCAUGCUGGACAGCUCUGAGGAUGAGGAUGAUGCCGCCGCCAAGGCGAAGCCUCGCGGCUGGGCGUGGCGCAUCGCGCGUGCUGCUGUGCCCAUGCAGCUGGCGCUGUUCACGUUCUUCUGCGCUGCGUGCAUGAUGCAGCCCAAUUGCUGCGAUAAUCUGAACAAUCUGUCGAUGAGUUUCACGCCCCAGUUGCGCUAUAUACGUGGCCCGCCUCCAAUUUGAGCGAUGCAAGUCGCGCGCGAUUCACAAAACGCGCGCGCGUUUUUAUGUAGGCAACAAAAUAUUUACUUAAGACGAGUAUCGUUAAGCAAUCUAACAGCCAGUUAGGUGCCACUCGGGCAAUAUAUAGAUAUGUAUACAGAUCCCGAUUUGCAGUCGACCUCGCGCGACGAGGCGACUCAGGCGCGUUUUGCGCGCGAUUCAUGCGCGACUCGUGCGCGGUUUGCGUGCGCGCUUUGAAGCAAUUUGCAUAUAAACAUUUUUUGUGUGUGUUUGUUUGUCUUUUAUGGAAGCGGAGGCACUUAAUUUCUUAUUUUUUUUUAAAUGUUUAAUUGAAGUGGAAAACAACGCGAGUUAUGCUUAAGAUAUACCCUACAUAGAUUUUGAUUUCAUGGAUCGUUUCUUAUAGUUAUCUUAAGAGUUCGAUUGCGGUUCUUGCAAACAUUUAUAGAUUUUUUUACGAGAAAGCCUUUAAAAUUAAGUGCGAAAACAAGUUUAAGCUCAACUUUAGCAAUUAGAAGGAGUAGGAGCAGGAGGAGGAGAGCAGAUCAGCAGAUCAAAAGACCAUGACAGAUCGUGGCAAAAGGAAUCAUAUAUAUUCGUAAACGUACUUAGAGAACGAUACUGUUGGGUGCAUGGAACCCGCCCACAUAUCAGAGUAACAUUUGUAAGGCAUGACACGAACUCCAGUUAUUAGGAAUACCGUUAAAGAGGAAAACAUUUCAAUUGCGAUUAUUUUUGGUCAACUUUUCUGUUUGUAAAACACGUAAAGUGCCUAAGAAGAGACCCAGCGCAACGAAUGGGCUCAUCACGAAGACAGCGAAACGUCUAAAGACGUGGGAGGAGCAGACACUGAGACUGCAGGAGACAGCGUCCUGCCUAUCGAGCACCAGGCCACAUAGCAAACCAGAAGCUAACGCCAAGCAACCUAUGGGGCGCCGAAACCAGUUGAGAAUUAGAGUUUCUAUUUUUAUACGCAAAUCAAAGUUAUACAAACAGCUCGCGAGCCUUGGCAAACACCUAUUGUCCACCUAACGCUCUAUUUAAUCAGUUUUAUGUCUAUUAUAUUAAUAGGAUAAAUUCUAAACUUUACAAAAGCAUACGAAAACCGAAACAGAAAUAUAUCUAAACUAGAAAGAUAAAAGCAAGAGAUGGGAACAGAAUUUGUAU